AUGUCGAGCGGAGACUGGAGGCCCAAGCUCAGCGUGAAGAUCCCGCGCGGGGACGAUUCCGAGCCCGGCGCGGGGUUCACCCCUCUUUCGAGCGGCGGAAACCCGCCGUCGUCCGUGGGCCCGCCGCCGGUGGAGCACGGGCUGAUCUCCUCCGGGUCGUUCACCGCCAUGGAGAUCGAGUUGCUUAAACAAGUGCAGGAUUUGAUAUCGCCGCACGCCGCCGGCGUCGGGAGCAUGGAGAACGCCGGCGGCGGCGCGAGCGCGGGCGGCGGCGGCGCGACCGCGAGGACGCGAGGCCGGGACGCGUGGAACGCGGCCGCGACCGCCGCGGACGUGGGCCUCGAGACGCCCACGGUGGACAUGACCCAGGCGCGUUCUGCUAGACAGAUGUUUUUCACCCGUAGCUCGGUUUCAACACUUGAUCGCGCGGGUCCCUUUCAACUGACCGAUGAACUUUUGGUUUUUGUAUGGAAUGGCCCUCAUCAGGUGAUGAACUGGAUCUUAUCCGUCACGCCGAGGGGCGGCGCGGACGGCGUCGCGAUCGGCGCGCUCGGGUCGCUCGUGCCGACGCCGUCCGGGACCGGGGUUGAAAGCGAGGCGUUGAAAGCGAAGGGCGCGGCGACCGCGACCGCGACCGCGACCGGUCGGCCGCUCGAGUCCUCCGGCGGGUCCGGGCAACACAGCGCGUUGCUCCGGAAACUCCUCACGGAGAAGCUCUCCGGGUCGCCGACGGCGUCGCCGAGCGGCUCGCCGCGAUUGACGACGACCGAGGGAGGCGCGGCGGUCACGGCGGGCGGGAGCGACCGCCCGACGACGCCCAACUUUACGCAAUCGGAGCUGAAUUUGCUGCUGCACGCGCUCGGGGGGACGGGGAACACGCCCCCGGGGGUCGAGGCGGCGAACGCGCCGGGGCCUUUCGGGAGGGCGGACGCGACGGCGACGUCGCCCGCGCGCGGCGGGACGAGGGCGUCGACGAGGAAGAGGAAGUGA